CUAAUAUGCUAAUAAUAUAUAAGUAUUCGUAAUUUAUUAUUAUUAACAUCAACGAAAGAACUUUAGCCUCGUUAAAAAUCGUUUAGCAAUGCUGAUAGGGAGUGGGUCGACACUUUUGUGAAAUUAUGUAAAAUACGAAUUAAUAAUUGUUUAAAUUCAUUAUGAGUGUUGAAGCAGCAAACAAAUCGGAAAUAGGACAAGAGGAUUCGUCUCUUGCAAACAAUCCAGCACCUAGAAAAAGUUGGGUUAAAUUCGAUGAUAAUGAGAGUAGUCACAGUAAAGAACCAGCAGUUAUUUCUACUGAAAGUGUACAAGUUAAUUUAGAUAAAAGUCUAAGCUCGUCUAUUUCUGAGAGUGGUAAUUCGACUGGUUUGAAUCCAAAACCUUUAAGAAUUGUUGACCUACCUGUUGCUACUGUGGAGCCCAUAAGACAGGGAUUCUCUAACGGUGAUGUUAUUGUUACUCUUUUACCUACAAACACUCGUUUUCCAUGGAUAACACCAGCACAGUUUCGCCCGGAGUUAGUACCAGAGGAACUGAUGGCACAGGGACUAACAUUGACUGUAGAAGAAUAUGUACAUGCCAUGGAAUUGCUUACAAACGAUGUACGAUUUAGCCUAUACAACAUCUGCUAUAAGCGGGUCUUAUUUUUGUGGCUGACGAUUGCUUUUUGUGUUCUUCUCGGUCUUCUUUUCUCUGGAUUGACAGGCUUACCACUAUUUGGUCUAGGAGUUGGAUGGCUUGUACUUAAUGCUGCUGCUAUAUUUCUGUCAAUGUGGUUGAAAUUUAAGUUGGCUCGUAAUUUAGAAAGAUGCCUAGCACACGUAAACAAACAAUUCCUUAGACACAAAAUACUCCUUGCACUGGACGACAGAGGGAAAAUAUCAUGUCAUAAAGUAAAUAUGUGCUUUAUUUACAUGGAUUCAGCCCCUUGCAUUCAACAUUUGCAAACAAGCAUCGAACUUCAAGAACGUGAAGCAGCAGGGUGGGAAGAAAGAAUGGAUAUUUCUGCAAAUGAUAUUGUUAUACAGGGGAGCAGGACUACAAGAUUGUCUCGAAAACAGGAAAGGGCAACCCUGUUAUUUCUAAGAUAUGCUUCACGUUGGGGUAAGGAAAUGGUGAGAGGAUAUCUGAAGAGUCCACCAGCCCAAGGGAACCGUCACUGUCCCUCGGUAACGUGUCCAUGUCAGUAUGUAAUCAAACACUUAAAUUGCAAACCAGAAAGUAAGCUAACUUUUAAAUCAUUCUUUACAAUGCCCAAUCAAGAUGCUCAUAGUAGUGCUUUAGAAAGAAUCGCCUGAUUCAUUCUAAAUUCUUAUAGGGGAUUUAAUUGAUCUAAAUUAUAGGAUGAAUUUACAAUUAAAUUUAGUGCCAUUUACACUAUGGCCACAAAAGUACUUAAUUGUUUUGUUUGUUAAUUGAUUUUUACUUGACUAAAAUUCGCAAUCUUUUUUAUUAUGAAGCCUUUAAAUUGAAGCUUGAUUAAAUUUUUGUAUCUAAUUAAGUAUUAAGGUUUGUAUUUUAUCGACGUGAAUAUGUUUCUUUUGUGUUGUUUCAUAAAUUAAGUAAUUUUCGUUUUGAAUAUUUAAAAAAAUAUUAAAGUUAAUUAAAACUUCUUAAGAGCGUACUUAAAGGCAGUUACAAACGCACUCGUUAGCACUCUCUAAAUCGAAAUUGAUCAGUAUUUUUUUUUUAAUCAGGGAGAAAAUAAAUUUUUAUCUUACUAUUGAUUUUGUAAAUCGAACCAAUUCUCAGGCAGCUAAUUUUUGACUUAUUUCGUUGAUAGUUGAAAUAGUAUUAUUGUUUUUUUUUUUAGUUUCUUUUAUGUAUUUAUUCUCGGCAAGUACUUACUAUCUUUUUAAUUAUUUACCUAUCUAUGCUUUCCUUUCUGAUACAACAAAUAUUUGAAUAUUGAGGUUAAUCUGUAACAUACAAAAUAUUGUUAUAGUCCAUAAAUCUAUGUGUAUUUAAUUAUUAAUUAGUAUUCAUCUUGAGCUGCAAUUUUAACGUAACUUUGACUUUUUAAAAUUUUCUGUAAUUAUAUGAUGUAAAUCCUAUUUAAUGGGGGCCUUAUAAUUCAUCUCAAUGCCAUUUUUGUAGUUCAACAAUUUUUAAAUCAUAUAUAUUAAUACUACAAUAACAUCAAUUUUACAUGGUUUGUUAUCAUGAAACAAUGCAUACAUUACUGUUGUUGAAUUUUUUUAAUUAUACGCACCAUAACACCAUUUAGUUAAAUAGUACAUAUAUUAUAUACAUAUCACUUUAUUUUCUAUAAGAACUAAUCGUAAUCUUGUUAUAAAGUAAUGAUUGAAAAUAAGUUGUACAAAUGAUCCGUCCAUUUUUGAUCUGUUAAAAUUAAUAAAUUUUAUAAAGUGUUA